GAGGAAGGCAUAUAGCUCAUAUAGUGCGGACUAUUAUGAUAUCAAGUAACACCCUCAAGCCAGAUUGACAGACUUUCUCACUGUUUUUGAAGCUGAGUUAGGAGCUAGUUCUGUUUUGAGAUUGUGUCAUGGUUAUGGAACAUUUUGUUACACCUUUUCUUGGCAUACCCUUUCCAAUGCAAGCUUCUUCCGAGCUCCAGACUCCUUCCCACGGCUCAAACAAAGUGUCCUCCUCCAAGAACAGUGACAGUCGCAAGAACUGCAGAAAGAGGAGAAAGUUGAGCGGGAUAAAAAGGAUCUCAGCUACAACCCGGGAGAGGAGCAGAAUAGAACACCUCAACUGCGCUUUUAUCACGUUGCGGAGUCGUAUCCCCACACAGCCCUCUGAUGUGAAGUUAACAAAGGUUGAGACCCUGCGGCUAGCUAUGAGCUACAUGAUGCACCUGGAGAAGCUUCUGGGGGAUAUUUCAGAGCAAGAGGGUACAGGCAGCUCCGAGGUCUCAUCCACUUCGGAGAUCAAGACUUCACGGGAGGACGGAGUGGCGUGUCCCCGGGUAGUUAGAGUCUACCCCUCCUACCCUGUACACUCAGAACACUCGUGA